AUGAUGAAUAGAAAGGUGAGGAGGAUUUUAACAUAUUACAGUUACUUAAGUUUAACCUAAAAGUAGAGGUUUAUAUUUUUAGAGUAAAAUCAAGAAAAUAAUGAUCAAAUUUAAAAAAAAUAGACUAACUUUUUAUGUAUGAAAUAUAAUAUUUAGACAAGAAGAAUUAUUAUGAAUGUAAAACUAGAAAUUAUUAGACGAUGA